GUCAUUAUUGUUUUGGUUUUUUUUGUGUAAUGAUAACAAUAAUAAAUAUAAAUAAUUGAUAAAAUAACUAUUAGAUGUGAAUCCAUAGAACAAAGAAAGUAUGGGAAACUACGAGAAACUGGAUAGCAAUGUCCAGUCCCGUGUUGUGGAUGAACUGUCCACUGAAGAAGAUGGGAAAUGGGGCCUGCGAACUUUGAUCUGCUGGAGUGUUCUGUUGUCCUCUUUGUUGUGCCUUUCCCUCGGGUUCAUCAGCCUGGGUAUUAUGGGACUUCAGGCCAAGAGAUUAAACCCAGUUGGGCAGCGAUUGGUGUGCUAUUACGCCAGCGAUGGAAUCCACAAUCUCAGCCUAUUAAAUAUUCCCGGCGAUCUAUGCACCCACAUAAACAUCGGACCCGCUAGUUUGGAUAAUGGCACCAUAUUCCUGUCAGAUUCCUUGAUUCAGGUGCUGCAGAACGACAGUCGGUCUUUUCGGACUGCUCAUCCGCACGUUCACCUGCUUCUUUGGAUCGGAGGAGCCGACAGUGGAGUGCAAUUUGCACGUAUGGUUGCGAAUCAUGCGAUGCGCAAAGUGUUCCUCCGUUCCCUUCGGGAGAUACUGCGCACCUAUCCCAGUUUAGAUGGCAUCGAUCUAGACUGGGAGUUCCCGAGUGCCUAUGACCGGGAGCGGAUGCAUCUCUCGCAGUUGCUCUACGAGAUUAGGACGGAGUGGCGACGCGAAAAGCGUACAAAUGAUAUUCUCUCACUGGCGGUGGCUGCACCGGAGGGAAUCGCCUUUUAUGCAUACGACAUCCGAGAAUUGAAUCUUUACGCGGACUAUGUGAAUCUGAUGGCGUAUGAUUUCCACUUUUAUCGCGAGGAUACGCCCUUUACGGGGUUGAAUGCCCCACUUUAUGCCCGGUCUCAAGAACGUUCCCUGAUGGCCACGUUCAACAUCAACUACACCGUUCAGUGGUGGCUAAAAAGCGGUCUGGAGCCACAAAGAUUGGUAGUCGGUCUGCCCACCUAUGGACAUUCCUUCACCUUGGUUAAUCCCCUAAACCAGAGGAUUGGAGCGCCUGCUUCGGGUUAUGGCAAAUGCGGGAAAUUGGGCUUCACUACACUUUCGGAAACAUGCGAGUGCGCCUCGAAGUACUUUAAACCCACUCUAUAUUAUGAUGCUGAGACCUGUUCUCCAUACUUAAGCGCUCUGCAAGAGUGGAUCUCCUACGAAAAUCAAACGAGUAUCGCCUGCAAGGCCAACUAUGUAAAGUCUCUGAAUUUGGGAGGCGUCAUGGUCUUCUCUCUGAACAGCGAUGACCUCAAGAAUGUAUGCAGCUAUUUGCCAAACUCAAAGUACAACCAGAAGCCAGUAUUCCCUCUAACCCAGGCCAUCAAGGAAGCCCUCCGGGAAACGCUGUGAUUACUCUGUAUUAAAUGAUAUUUGAUUUAUUUGCAAAAGGCUGUUGCUGUUGCUGCUGUGUCGUCACAACCGCCUAACAAACUGCUCGGAACAGAAACAGUUUUGUACAUAGUCAUAGACGAUAACUUUAUGUGUGUAUAUAUAUAUAUAUAUAGUUUAAAUUAAAUUAUCACAAUCGAUCAAUUCAUAAUAUAACUAGAAAAUUUCAACAUACGCAAAUCAUAAAUAUAUACUCGCAUGUA